AUGGAAGGCGGUAAGCCUACUAUUGUGCCUAAUGCGGAGGGGCAAAGAACAACUCCGUCGGCGAUGGCGUACAUGAAGAAGAACGGUGAUAGGAUGGUUGGACACAUUGCCAAGAGGGAGGCGGUUGUGAAUCCCGAAAACACUUUCUUUUCGGUGAAGAGUUUUAUUGGGAGGAAAAUGUCCGAAGUGGACGAGGAAUCUAAACAGGUUCCGUACCAUGUUAUUAGUGACGAGAAUGGUAAUGUCAAAAUCGACUGUCCGGCAGUCGGAAAGCUAUUCUCGGCCGAGGAAAUUUCAUCUCAGGUUUUGAGGAAGCUCGUUGAUGACGCAUCAAAGUUCCUGAAUGAUAAGGUUACUAAAGCGGUUGUUACAGUUCCUGCGUAUUUCAAUGAUUCUCAGAGGGCUGCGACGAGGGAUGCGGGCCGGAUCGCGGGUUUAGAAGUUCUUCGGAUUAUCAAUGAACCCACCGCGGCAGCGUUAGCUUAUGGUUUAGAAAGAAGAGGCAAACACGAAACCAUUUUAGUUUUUGACCUAGGCGGUGGCACUUUUGAUGUUUCGAUCCUUGAAGUUGGCGAUGGCGUUUUCGAGGUUCUCGCUACGGCUGGAGAUACUCAUCUAGGUGUGAUGAUUUUGAUAAGAGAAUCGUGGAUUGGAUUGCUGAAAAUUUCAAGAAAGAUGAAGGAGACAAACAUCAGCUUGCCUUUCAUUACAUCCACUCUAGAUGGUCCAAAGCACAUAGAAAUGGUUCUCACCAGGGCUAAAUUUGAGGAACUUUGCUCCGAUUUACUCGGCAGGCUCGAAAAACCUGUUAAGGAUGCAAUGAAGGAAGCGAAACGCUCAUUGAGCGACCUAGAUGAAGUGAUCAUGGUUGGUGGUUCGACCCGAAUUCCUGCUGUUCAGGAACUUGUUUUCUUGUUGACAGAAAAAGAACCAAAUGUGACGGUCAAUCCUGAUGAAGUUGUUGCCCUAGGAGCUGCCAUUCAGGCUGGUGUUUUGGCUGGUGAUGUUACUGACAUUGUUCUUUUAGAUGUUACGCCAUUGUCGCUGGGAGCCAAUGUAAUCGGUGGUCUCAUGUUAAAGAUCGUUCCAAGAAAUACAACCAUUCCGACUUCAAUGUCCAAGACUUACACAACCAUUAAAGAUAGACAGACCAAUCUAAAGAUUGAUGUGCUUCAAGGUGAAAGAGCAUUGGUAAAGGACAACAAAUUGUUAGGAAAGUUCGUCCUUCGCGGGAUACCGCCUGCACCUCGCGGAGUCCCGAAAAUUGAAGUUAGAUUUGACAUUGAUGCCAAUGGUAUUCUUUCCGUGACCGCCAUUGAUAAAGGCACUGGCAGGAAGCAGAAUAUCAUUGUCACAGGCGCAAGCACAUUGCCUAGUGAUGAGGUAGCCCGAAUGGUUCAAGAAGCAGAAGAGUUCGCCAAGGACGAUGCGGAGAAGAGAGAUGCCAUAGACACCAUGAAUCAGGCAGAUUCUGUUGUUUAUCACACAGAGAAACACAUGAAGGAAUUUGGUGAUAAGGUUCCUGCAAGUGUAAAAAUGAAGGUUGAGGGUAAACUCAUGGAGCUUAGGGGUGCGAUUCUGGAGGGUUCAAUUCCGGCCAUUAAGCAAGCUAUCGAUGCACUUAACGAGGAAGUCAUGGAACUUGGAAGUUCAAUCUAUGGCAAUGUGGGUGACCAAGGGGAGGAAGUAGAAUAA